AUGUUGACGUCUCUGGCGCAGGUGAUACCUGCUGUUGUCCCUCGGGUGGCGCCGAACUACUUUGCACACACCUUUGGCUUGCUCAAGCCCGAUCUGGUAGCAGCGACGCCGCGAGCUGCUGCGGUUGUACGUGCGCUGGCUGCUCCCGAUUCUCCGCUGCGGAUUGUGGCGCUGAGUCAUCGUGAGGUUGAUCCGCAGCUCGCUGAUGCGUUCUACGCCGAUCACGCUGGUAAGUUCUUUGCACCGCGACUGACCGCCUCAAUCUGUUCAGGCCCGCUGGUGGCGAUGGUACUCGAGUCUGUUCCGGCGUCUGGCGAGCAUGCAGCGGGCUCGAUCGAUGUCAGUGCCAUCGAGGCGUGGCGGUCGCUGAUCGGACCGACCAAGGUGAACUCAGCGCGAUGCGCGUUGCCUGGCACGCUCCGCGGGUUGUAUUCGACCAGCGACACGCGCAAUGCCUUUCAUGGGGCAGACGCGCACGCCGCAGUCCUUGCCGAGGCCGAGCUCUUCUUUCCCGGCCUGCUUGCUGCGGCUCCGAGACCAGCGCGGGAGUGA